ACAGCCCGCCAAUCUGCACCACGGCACCAAUGGCCGCUCCACAUGUCGACAACACCUCAACUUUUUCCCACCGUCUCGUCAUAGGCCCUAGCCGCAGUGUUCCGUGAUAAAUUUAGCGGCUGAGCAUAUUUCUGAAGAGCUACAAAGCUAGUUAUACCACCAGUAUUCCCUGAUUGCCAGUGAACAACUACGGCAUAAGACACCGGAGCCAUGGGCGACUUGGCGGAAUACCUCGCCGUCCAUGAUGCAGACUUUCGAAGAGCUCGUCUACCUGCCCUGUACGCCGACUUCCGGUCACAAGCGAAGCUGAAUCCGGACGCAUACCAAGCCAACGUUGCAGCAUGGAGCAAAGGACUCUCCCUACUGGCGUCCCAGGGCCUCUUAUCCGCCUCGGAUGCUCGCCCCAGCAUCUUAUCAGUCACUACAGAUGAAACACUCCGCCGUUCGCUGUCAAGUCGGCAAUAUGGCCAACCCAUGGCCCUCGGUGCCGUGAUUAACGAGUCCAUCACGGCAAAGAAGUUGUUCCCCGUAAACACAUUUCUGCACGCGCAGAGCAACGUAUUCCAGAGCACAUGGGGAUCUGUACCAUGGGCUGUUAUGGGCUGGGGUCUUCGGCAGAUUGGUCUGUCUGGAUCUCAAGGAGAUGACGCUGUUCCCAAAGGUCAAUACGUCCUUGUUGACAACGUUCAGGCAGCGACAAAAUCCUUCGAAGACUACAUGUCAUCAAGGUCGUCCAAAGCGGAACGAGUAUUCACAAAAGCACAGUUUUACAAGUUGUUUUCUCCGGAGCUUAUGGCCGGUCAACACCUGACAGUCAGCGACAUGGAUAUCCUGCUGCAAUAUAUGUCGCGAGACAAGAAAAUCAUCGAGUACGACGGACAGGUCAUCAAAGUCCCGGACACUACAGACACAAAGGGCAUUACAGAUGAAGAAGCAUCCAUCGCUUCCCUGAACGAACUUACCGAGAAGCUGAAGCAUCAGACAGAAAUUCUCAGUGCCCGUGUAGACGAGCUGGAGCACGAGGCGAAAUCCGCAGUGGCCAAGAAGAACAGAGUCAAGGCAUUGGCAUCCUUAAAGGCAAAGAAGCAGGCCGAAGCAUCGUUAACGCAGCGCUACGCCACGCUUAACCAGCUGGAAGAGGUAUCUGCGAAAAUCGAGCAAGCAGCCGACAAUGUGCAGCUCGUCAAGGUUAUGGAAUCCUCGACUGGCGUGCUCAAGACACUCAACGCACAGGUCGGCGGCGUGGACAAGAUCGACAGCGUCAUGGACGAGCUGAGGGAGCGCAUGUCGGAUACGGAUGAGCUGGCCAACAUCCUUUCGGAAUCUGUCGGCCCGCCCAUCGACGAAACCGAGAUCGACGACGAGCUCGCCGAGCUGGAGAAGGAGGCCAAGGAGAAGCAAGAGGCCCGAGAAGCAGCUCUUGCGCAGCACAAGCUGGACAAGCUGCCCAGCGUACCGUCCGAGGUGAACAGAGGCGAGCGGGAAAAAUCGCCCACGUCAGAAACGGGCAUUGCAGCUCUCUCUCUUGGUUCAUAACCAUUUCACAAGGAUUUUUUAUUAUCCCUUUGCAUAAACACAUAUACUUGUUGAUAAUGCAUGGCCGAAGCGGCCAAGCAUGUUUGGUAAUCCAAUUUGCCUUUUAUAUAUACGCCUAGUUCAUCACCUUUCGUCUCCAUAUGUAUAAUGCAGCAUCCCAAAGUAACACACUAUCCCAAAUAUCAAAUCAGGUUCUUUCUUUUGUGAACCGAAUAAUAACUCCAUAACGCCGUUGUGAAAACCAUAUGCAAAUUCCACGUUAUUGUAGAAGUUGAACUUCUGAGGGGCCAGUCGUUGGGGGCACCACUUCUUCCAUAGACACAUCUCCAUUCUGUAAAGACUCUGUAGCUAUGUUCCCCUUUUGUGACUCUGCAUUUUGCUGUGCCUUUGCCUCCUCUUCGGCUUUAGCCUCGUCUGCCUUCUUCUUAGCCUCGAGACGGCUCUUUCUUGCAUUCGCAAUGAGGUCCUUGAACGAAUCGUCGUGCUUGCUCGCCCACGCGGCGCCGUCAAAGUCCUUGUCCUUGAUCGCCAUGGCGUUUUGAAUCGCCUUACUUGUCGUAGGCGCCUUUCCUCCCUGUGUCCGCUCCCAGGUAUCUAGGUCAUGGAGCAGCUGGGAGCGCUUGCGAGGCUGUGCGGCGUCGCAGUUUGCGUUCCAGAUUGUGAUCCAUUCCUUGUGACGGCGCUCGAGGAGCUGCCGAGGACCCUGGUUCAGGAUGCCGAGAUCGCCGAGUUUCUUACGCAGUGCCUGCUCUUUAAACAUGGAGUAGUUGAGGGCGGGGAGUCGGUCGAGGGUUCGUGGUGCCCGUUGCAGCUGACUAGUUGGUUUUGGUGCUUCAGUGGGUUGUACAGGAUCGAUAGAGAGGCCAGUGCAAGAAUCGAGAUGCGCAAAGACUUGCCAAUCCUUCAUGCGCUUGUUACAUGUGGGACAUGGUACGAGACCAUCGUCUAAGGGAUAUGGUGAGCAACAGUAUGAUUGGGAUUGGUUGCUGAGAUGAAGACUUACUGAUUUCUGGCGUGUAUUCAUCUUCAGACCCUGUUUCUUCGGCUUCGUCAUUGGAGUCUUCGACUACUUCGACAUGCGGCGGCGGAGGUCCUGUGCGGCUGCUUAGUCUGGCCGACAUUCUAGGUCGCUUGCUGUCUGUUGGGGCGUCCGCUUCAAUCUCGGCAGCCUCUGCCUUUCGUUUUGGUGAUUUGCUACGGGUAUUUGCAUUGCGGGCAAACUCAAGCGCAGCAGCCCUUGCCUUGGUGAAUGCAUCGACACUCUCCUCCAUGGACCAGUUGCUUCGCAGCUUGAGUUCCUGAUCGGGAGCACGGCACAGCGGGCACUUGCCAUCACCGGAGAGAGCCCUUCGAAUACAUAUCGAGCAAAAGGUAUGCGAGCAUGUCGUAAGCAUCGGUGUCUUGUAAAAGUCUUUGCACACUUGGCAGCGCAGAGCGGCUUCGACGGCGGCUAGACCAGCGAGCGGCGUCGCAAGCCAAUCCGUGGAAUCGGCGACAUCGUCGGCGGGCAUCUGUGAAGGUGUUUAGAGAAUUCGGACGGUUUGGAAGCAGGUGAAGUGAUUCAUGAGCGCUAAAAGUGAAUGCGUCGCCGAUUUCUUGGUGAUCUUGUCAGCUAGCGCAGGCAGAGUCGUGAAUAAUUUGGUUGUGCUAAUAGAAAGCACGCG